CGCACACCACAAUCUGUUUAUGUUCAGACUUGAGAAAGCAGACCGGAGCGUCGCUUCAGCUGUGUUAAUCUUUUGUGGCGAUCAGUUAGAAAUUCGGGGUCGUGAAAACCGACUGUUUCACAGAGGGGCAACAUUUUAUCCGCGUGUAUUUUAUCCUGACAUUUGGAAGAACUCUUCAUACCUUUGCCUUUGUUAGCAACUUAGCGGGGUUAGCUAGCUUUAGUCUUCUGUUUGAACCGUUUUAUUGUUUUCUUCAGCCGAGCUAACAGAGCUAUCGGCUAAGAAAAUUAAGAAUAAAAAAAAACAGCUAGCUAACGACUCCAACGGACACCGGCUGCAGAACCAUCUCGAACACAGUGGAUAAGCAUAAAAAUACGAUAUCAACGUCUUUGAUUCAUGCAGUAGCAGCAGCAACGAUGAUGCUGAUGCUGGCAGCGAUGAAGCUGAGACACAGCUGAGACCGACUGUGUGGUUGUGUAGCGUUCGUAACUGGAGAGCCAGAACACCCGCACGCACACAAGCGCACACACGCCGUACCCAUGUUUUCCCCCGAGCAGGAGAACAUCUCCACCUCCUCCACCAAAGUGCCAAUUAAAUACGGAGAGCUCAUCGUACUCGGGUACAAUGGCUCUCUCCCAAAUGGGGACCGCGGCAGACGGAAGAGCCGAUUCGCUCUCUUCAAGCGGCCCAAAGCGAAUGGAGUCAAACCCAGCACUAUCCAUGUAGCCUGCACACCGCAAGCAGCCAAGGCCAUAAGCAACAAGGACCAGCACAGUAUCUCCUACACCUUGUCUCGAGCUCAUACGGUGGUGGUGGAGUACACUCAUGACAGCAAUACGGAUAUGUUCCAGAUCGGUCGUUCCACUGAAAGCCCCAUAGAUUUUGUGGUGACGGACACUAUCCCGGGCAGCCAAAGUAACUCGGACACGCAGUCGGUCCAGAGCACCAUCUCUCGUUUCGCCUGUCGGAUCAUGUGCCAGCGGACGCCGCCCUACACUGCCCGCAUCUAUGCCGCCGGAUUCGACUCCUCCAAAAACAUCUUUCUUGGGGAGAAGGCAGCGAAAUGGAGAACAUCGGAUGGACAGAUGGACGGCUUGACGACCAACGGCGUGCUGGUGAUGCACCCUCGGCACGGCUUCACCGAGGACUCUAAACCGGGCGUUUGGAGAGAGAUCUCAGUAUGUGGGAAUGUAUUCACACUCCGUGAGACACGGUCUGCCCAGCAGAGGGGCAAGAUGGUGGAGAGCGAGACACAGGAGCUGGUGGAUGGAUCACUGAUCGACCUUUGCGGAGCCACGCUCCUGUGGCGCACAGCUGAGGGCCUUCAGCGCACGCCCACGCUCAAGCACCUGGAAGCUCUGCGGCAGGAGCUGAACGCGGCGCGACCUCAGUGUCCUGUUGGCUUUAACACGCUGGCCUUCCCCAGCAUGCGCCGCAAGGACACGGUGGACGAGAAGCAGCCCUGGGCCUACCUGCACUGCGGCCACGUGCACGGCUACCACAGCUGGGGCACGCGGGACUCCAGCGAGCGGGACGGGGGGCGAGAGCGGGACGUGCGUGAGCGUGAGUGCCCUAUGUGCCGGGCCAGGGGGCCGUACGUGCCCCUGUGGCUGGGCUGUGAGGCAGGGUUCUAUCUGGACGCGGCUCCGCCCACCCACGCCUUCAGCCCCUGUGGCCAUGUGUGCUCAGAGAAAACGGUGGCCUUCUGGAGCCAGAUCCCACUGCCCCACGGCACGCAUACUUUCCACGCAGCCUGCCCAUUCUGCGCCCAGCAGCUGAGCGGAGAGCAGGGAUACGUCAGACUCAUCUUCCAGGGACCCGUGGACUAGCCAUGCUGAUUUUUGACCCUUUAGGCCUGAACCCACUGAACCCAAGCAAACUGAAGGGCCCCCCCCCACCCUCUCCAUGCUCCUGUCUCUCUACUUAACCCCUUCUCUCUCUGUCGUUCUCUCUUUUUUUCUCUCUUUCUAGCUGUGUUCACAUUAAGAGGUUGAAAUGGCACAAAUCUGAUUUUUUUUUUUUUCUGCUUAAAUGUGAACAGUGCAAACACAUUUUGGUGCAAGCAGUAUGUUCACACUGUAAUACAACAGGAUGUAGUGUACUGUUACAGCAGUCUGCCAUGCGUAGAGGAAGGAAUGCACGUCUGGGGACAACUCGUUAAACUCUUGGUGCUGAAUUGUGGCGAAAUCCACUAUUAACAAGCGUAGCGAGCGUAUACGUAGUUCUCUCUAAGAGCGCUUUCACACCCGCAUUGUUUGGUUUAGAUCUUUGUACUUUGUGAUUUGGUCCAAACCACAAAUAGCAGAUGUGAAAGGUGCCUUGGACCACGUCUGGACCAAUGGACUUGGUCCGACCAAAAGAGCCGGUCUUGGUCUGGAUCAAACUCAGCCAUGGUUCGUUUGCAGCAUGAAAGCACUUUUUUGAUGGUUUGGACUUUGGGAGCAGUUACAGAAAGUUAUUGGACUUUGGGAGCAAUUACAGGCAGACUAUAGUCAUCUGUUAAACAAUAGAAGAAGAAGAAAAAAAAAAAGAGCUGCGGUACCAAACGAGGAGAGGACAAGACAAAUUGCCUUAAUUGUAAUUUGGUCCGACAAAAAAAGUAAAUACUCAGCUUGGAAAAGAAGGAUAAAAUGCUGAAACGUGUACCUUAUUUUCUGAGAGAAUGAGACAGAAAGGAUAUUCAUUUUUCUCUAUUCAAACGGCUCGACUCGCUAAACACGCUGACAGUUCUCUACAAACCAAUCAGUGUUAAGUACAGUGAAAUGCAGCCCUUGUAGCCAUGCUAACUCAUCCCCUGUUUCAGUACCCAUUUUAACAAGCCCUCGUUUGCUUGGGCUUGUCAUUUAUCCUUGGGGGGAAUCCUGAGCACCAUCUUGAGGGCUGUUCCUUUACUUUAUUAGCUCAAGUGAAGGGUGUUAGAUGAGCCCUCGGAGAGGCAAGUGAUUAAGUGAACACCAUUUUUGUCUUACAGUAGAAUUUGCACAGAAAUUGUUGCAACCUGUCACAUUUUGCUUUUGAAACCCAGAAAUAAUGGCGAAUGACACUGUUUGUAAGCAGUAAACUACUUUAAAAUGCUUACCAUUUCAAGACAUUUUGCAUUGCAAAGUUUGCAUCGUUUGCCAAUUAGCUCACUGAAACAAGUGCGUUCCAUUAAACAAUCUGCUUCUCACUGUUACCGUUGACCCUUUCUGCCAAGUGGCCAACUAUAUAGCAUAGAUGUGAUGCACUUCCAAGUGGUGAGUUGAAAUGGGUGAGGGCAGGUUCGUCUGACGUUGAUGAGUGCACCAUCCUCUCCUACUUUGAGCUACACCUUCACUGGAUUGGUUUAGUAAUUUCACACGUUUGUUCCCAUCCUAAUACGUCUGUUGUCCCCAGAUGUUGUCGUUACCAGAUUACGUUUGGGCCCACGAGACUGCUGUGCUCACGCAACUGUUAAGGAGAACGAGAAGAAUCACUAUUAUUAAUUUGUUUACUUCACACUGCGCAUGUCGAUGUGAUCACCACCAGUGCUGGCAGGUCCUCUCAGUUGUGUUUACUUUAGUGAUGGAUAUGAGUCACUUGCAAACAUGAAUAUGAACCAUCAAAAGGCAGAAAAAUCAGAUCCAACCAGACGUCUGAAUUGAGUGAUAAAGCUUGCAAUGUGAACGUAGCUUUACUUUCUAUAUCUGUCUGUAUCUCUCUCACCCCACCUCUCCUGGACUAUUGAACUGUUUUUUUAUUUCCUCUGCUUUAUAAGUGACCUUUUUUAGUGAUUUUUUUCUUAAUGCAGAAGAAAAACAGAGAAAUCUAUAUUUUCAAUUGAAACUAAAUGUACCUAAAUGAGGCAAAAAAAAAGACAAAACAAGAUGGGGCUAUACAAUAUGAACCGAAAAAUCUGGGCAGCCACAGGAAACCUGUGAAUCUCUGGUGUUUGGGAUUGGACUUGGAGGACUUACAGUGGGGGUACAGUGAUGUAUACAGUGUUUCUUUGCUAAUAUGCUAAUAGAAUACCAUUCUACUUGACUUUAGUGAUGCAAUACCCAUACUUUAUAUAAGAGUGUCUGUAAUGAGCUUACCAUAACUAUUUACACUCAACAACAGAUCCAUCACCGUCAUGGCUGCAUUAAACAAACAAAAGGUUGCAUUUAGAUUUUAGAGAUGUUUUCCAUGUAAAUCAAAUAUGCCUAACUUAAAAAUACUUAACAUUUUUAUUUAUGCAUAGUAUCAAUGUUAAUCAAAUGUAAAGUUAUAGCUGUGUGUUUUUUGGAGUUACCUGUCUUUGUUUCUUUAUUUUCUCAUCGUCCCACAUCUAGCCUAGGAAACUCAGAGCUGAUUUCAGCCUGGCUGUGUGUGCUCAGUGUGUGUGUAGCCCACACACUCGUGCAAGUGUGUGAAGACUUCCGCUACAAAGCAAUAGUCUGAGGGCUUCAAACGAAAGCAGUAACCUGCAGGAACUGAAAGUAUUGAAUUGUAGUUUGAGGGUGUUAAAUGGAAGUGCUGUCUUGGUUGAAAUAAACCAUUGUUUGAUUGUAUAAAAAAGGUAGCGUCACUCCGAGGGUUCAAUUCCAUAGUGUAAGUGGUGGGGGGGGAGUCACAUUUUACACUUUUUGAGCUGCUUACAUUAUUGUUCACCCUGGUUGGCUGUCCUUUUGGGUGGAGUGCUCCAGGCAGACCUUCAAGCCAAAUAAAUUGUUCUAAGCCAAGUCAUCCAUCUAACAUUCAGUCAUAGAUCUUGCACAAAGUCACCCUGACUCUUAAGCUGGCAGUAUACUUGGACGGAAAGACAUUUCGAAGCGAAACAACUUCUAUAGGCCUGUCCCAAUAGGUGCCCUACACUUUGUGGCCCUCCUACAAGUCCACACGUGUGGACCUAAAGGGCAAAAAGACUUCCAACGGUGCUUGGUUUAAAGUGUGGCUUUGGGACAGAGUCUUAGAAUGUACCAUACCCAGCAAGAUUAUAAAUCAUUUCUUUUUUUAAAUGAGCCAAUUUGCUUUAUAUACAGUGGUUCAGCUCUAAUUAUGAGCCUAAUACAGGUUAGUGACAAGCUAUAUUACAAAACAAAUGCAUUUUUGACAUCUGUAUAUGUUCUCCACUGUGUUGGUCUCACAAGUGUGAACGAGCCAAUGCGCUGGCCAUUUAUCUUCACCUGUAUCUCAAGGAAUUUUGAGUGUGCAUUGAUGCAGUCCUCGCUAAAGGCCACACUAACAGCACAUAGAGGGCACUUGUGAGUACCUUUUUGAAUGCCAGGUAGAGAAAUGGGACACCAGCCUUGCAGACAAGUGCAAUAGAGCAGUGGUUCUCAAACUGGUCCUCAGGGAAAUCUGCUCUAUCCCUGUGUGUUGUGAGUCAGGUUGGAGCAAAAUCUGGAUCGUCUGGGGGUCCUCCUUGAAAACCACUGCAAUAAAGGACCACAGGACCACCAGUGUGGCACUACAGGGCUUUUUUGACCACAACGCAGUCAGGGGGAGGUCUCAGAACAAGUGAUGCAGUGGCGCAACAUACCAACUCAAAGCACAGAGACGUUUGUUUUGAGCCUUCCCCCUGACUGCGAUUGGUCCAAAUGCCGUGUGGUAGCCUGCAUUGCUGCAAGUGGAAUUGUUUCAUUUCUGUUUUUUUUUGUUUGUUUGUUUACAUGUAUUUAUUUUUAAUGUAUUUGUUUUUCUUUUACUGCUGUCAUUGCUUUUUCUUAACUUGUUUUCUGUUUGAUGUCAAUGAAUUCGGCUCUACUCGCAGACCCU